CGCUGGUCACUGGGCAGGGGCUCGGAGACAUAUGAAAGUCAUCUGGCUGGACAGGAGGUCCGAAUAGAGAGAGUCGCCAUCAUCAUGAUCGUGUACGUGCGGUUCAACUCUAGUCAUGGGUUCCCGGUGGAGCUGGAGGGGGAGUCCAGUGUGGCGGAACUCAAACAGGAAGUGGGUCGUCUGCAGGGGGUGGAGCCUAACCACCUGCGCGUCAUCUUCGCCGGGAGAGAGCUGCAGAGCGACAGCACACUACAGGGCUGUGAUCUCCCAGAGCAGAGUACGGUGCAUGUGGUGCUGCCCCCUGCUGGUGGUGGAGGGCGUAGCGGGCUGGUGGUGCAGCAGCGUUUGGGGGGGGUGGAGCGCCUGACUCGCCUGGACCUCAGCGCCUCCAGACUGCACACCAGCAACGCCGGCCUGGCCGUCAUCCUGGAGGACCAGCAGCACAGUCCAGACAGCUCCCUCACACACACAGAACCCAAGCCUCACAGUAGCUUCUUCGUGUUCUGUAAGAGUGUGUGUAAGGCCAUCCAGCCAGGGAAGCUACGUGUGCGCUGCAAAGCCUGCAAACAGGGAACCUUAACACUCAGCAGGGGUCCGUCGUGCUGGGACGAUGUUCUUCUUCCUGAUCGUAUCCAUGGGGUGUGUCAGUCUCAGGAGUGUGAAGGCAGACUAGCGGAGUUCUAUCUGAAGUGUGCGUCCCACCCCACGUGUGACGAGGACACGUCUGUAGCCCUCGACCUCAUCAUGCCCAACGUCAGAGCUGUCCCCUGCAUCGCCUGCACAGACCUCAUGAGUCCAGUUCUGGUGUCCCAGUGUUCUGAUCGGCACGUCAUCUGCCUGGAGUGCUUCCACAUGUACUGCGUCACGCGUCUCAACGAGCGCCAGUUCAUACACACACCUGAAAUCGGCUACUCCCUACCCUGCGCAG